CCUUCCCUCAUGCCGACCUUAUACAUCCACUACAGUCUGAACAUGAUGACGCCAAUUUUCUCUUACCAUGUCGUUUGCCAGGGUUGUAGCCCCAAGAAUCGCUCGUAUAUCCAGCAAAAAUCGCAUCGCUCGCCGCAUAUCAACAGCACGGCCUCAUUUUCCCUGCGUUGAAGCUCAUGCUCUCCGGGAGUCUCAAAUUCGUCGAAAAAUAUCCGGAACGUCGGUAGCUACCAAGGAGGAAGAGGAAGAGACCGGCCCAGAGCCGCCUUAUGCUCGUCCAAAUCCAAAGACUUACAGCGUCUAUCAUCAUUCAUCUUCUCUGCCAUUGGCAUAUGGCGCUUCUCUGCCCGAAUUCGACAUAGCGUAUGAAACGUGGGGCUCACUAUCGCCGGCAAGGGAUAAUGUUAUUCUGUUGCAUACGGGACUCUCGGCGUCUUCACAUGCUGCAUCCACCUCGCUAAACCCUGCAGACGGUUGGUGGGAAAAGUUUAUAGGUCCCGGAAAAGCCUUGGAUACGAAUCAGUUCUACAUAAUAUGUACGAAUGUGUUGGGCGGAUGUUACGGCUCAACAGGUCCAUCAUCUAUCGAUCCUUCGACAGGACGGCAUUAUGCAACAAAUUUUCCCAUUCUAUCGGUAUUCGACAUGGUGCGAGCCCAGUUUUACCUUCUCGAUCACCUAGGCAUCGACCGGCUGUAUGCUAGCGUGGGUUGUUCCAUGGGUGCCAUGCAGAGCUUGGCUGCGGGAUGGCUGCACCCCGAACGAGUGGGAAAAGUUGUUAGCAUCAGUGGUACUGCCCGAAGUUCGCCUUCUGCUGUUGCAAUGAGGUAUGCCCAACGGAGUGUCCUCAUGGCAGAUCCAAACUGGAACAAUGGUUUUUACUACGAUGGCCUUCCUCCGCACAUUGGCAUGAAGUUGGCGCGACAAAUUGCUACAAUCACGUACCGCUCAGGCCCAGAAUGGGACCUCAGAUUUGGGCGACAGCUUCGUCCAGUUUCCGAGAGUUUGGCUUCGGAAAAAAAACCACGCGCGCCCGCACUGUGUCCAGAUUUCCUCAUCGAAACUUACCUCGAUCAUCAAGGCGAACAAUUCUGUCUGAAAUACGAUGCCAACUCCCUCAUUUACAUCUCCAAAGCGAUGGACCUUUUUGACAUGACAAAGGAAGCGCUCUCCGAUCUUCGCUUAGAGCCUAUUUAUAAGGGCAAUGGCCACUUGUCUCCCAUUCAGCCGCACAAAACAUCACAUUCAAAAUCGCAUCCGCCUCCUUCGAACCCACCUCGGUAUUUGCCUUCGCUUGCCAAAGGAAUGAAACCAUUAGCCAAAAUUCCAGUGAUGGUGCUUGGCGUUCAGAGUGAUAUUCUUUUCACUAUUGAGCAGCAGAGGGAAGUUGUCGAUGCUUUGCGCAUGGCUGGAAACGAUCAAGUUGUCUAUUAUGAAUUGGGCGGCGUUUGGGGACAUGACACAUUCUUGUUGGACGUUCUGAACGUUGGGGGCGCGAUCCGAGGCUUUUUAUCAUGACAGUGGAAUUUUGUGUAGUAUUAAAUAAUACCCAUCUUUUAUAUCCGGUUCGCUACGGACAGCAUUCUCGGACCUCGAUUUCGGACCAGCCCCAUCUUUGCUGCCUUCUUCGCAUUUGAUAGACUGUAUUACAAGGCUGAAGGAAGAAUGUUUGUUUUAGAGACUAGUGAGAAUUGUAAGCCAGUUCACGCUUCUGCUCCAAGAUUGAGAAACUUGGUACGCUUGACGGCAAUCUGAGCCGGAGUGUACGAGCUGAGUGAGAUUUCGCUGGCAUAGAACUUAAAGGAACUGCAGACGGC